AUGUCUGACAUCGGGGCCUACUACAACAUCAUCGUGUUCAGCCUCUCCGCGGGCUACGUACUCAUCAGCGGAUUGGGGUGCGUGUGCUACUUCGAAAUGCGGGCCCUGGAGGACCGGGUGGGCGAGCUGCGCGACGGCGAGUGGAAACUGCAUGCGCGUCUACGAGAUUACAGAGAGUCUAUCAAACAUGACGAGGAGCGGCUGCAGGAGCUCGAGGAGCAGGUGGAGGAACUGAAGCAACGGCUGGCCGAGAUGAAGGCGACCCAAUACCCGAUCCGGGUGGCGGAGACCGAUGAAGAGUUGUUGCUGGAUAUCAGCGCAGAAAUGGAGGAACGAGCAGCAAUUGAGAAUUGA